UGGAGCUCUGGUGGCAUGGCAUGCAAUGCCAAUGGGUCCUGGGGCUCAAGUGCUGGAUGGGGUGCCACUGGAGGUGGCUCUGCUGGAGGCUUUAACAGCCUUGGGGGUGGCGAGGGUGGACUCCUUUCUGGUGGCGAGAAGCAAACAAUGCAAAACCUCAAUGACCGCUUAGCAGUCUAUCUGAGCAAUGUGCAAGCUCUAGAGGAAGCCAACAGUGAACUGGAAAAGAAGAUUGCAGAAUGGUAUGAGAGGCUUGGAGCAGAGACCAGACUGGGUGGAAAUCGACAUGAUUACAGUAAAUAUUAUGCCAUCAUUGAUGACCUUAGGACGCAGGUAAUUGCUGGAAUUACAGACAAUGGAAGACUCAUUUUGCAGGUCGACAAUGCGAGGCUGGCUGCUGCUGACUUCAAGCUGAAGUGUGACAAUGAAGUGGCCCUCCGCCAGAGUGUUGAAGCUGACACCAAUGGCCUCCGUAAGGUCCUGGAUGAGAUUACCAUGACCAAGGCUGAUCUUGAAAUGCAGAUUGAAAGCCUGAUUGAGGAGCUGGAGUAUAUGAAGAAGAAUCAUGAGGAGGAUAUGAACUCUGUGACUGAUGCUACUACUGCGGGAGGCAUUGAUGUCCGAAUGAACGCAGCACCUGGAGUUGACCUGACUGCCCUUCUCAAUAAGAUGAGAGCAGAAUACGAGGCCCUUGCUGAGGAGAACAGACAAGACAUUGAGGCCUGGUUCAAUGAACAGAGUCAAGAACUGAAUCAGCAGAUCAGCAGCAAUGUAGAAGAGACCAGCACCAACAAGAGUGAGAUCACUGAACUACGACGCACCUUGCAAAGCCUAGAAAUAGAGCUACAAUCCCAAUUGUCUAUGAAACAAUCUUUUGAGGCCACCCUAGCAGAUGUAGAAGGCCGAUACUGUGGCCAACUUUCUCAAAUACAAGGAGUGAUAAGCAACGUGGAGGACCAGCUACAGCAGAUCAGAGAUGAUACGGAGAACCAAAACAGAAAAUAUGAACAGCUCCUGAGUAUCAAGAUCCGCCUGGAGAAUGAGAUUGAGACUUACCGCAGCCUACUGGAUGGGGGAGAGAGAGGCUCUGUAUUGACAGACUCAAGAUACAGAAGCUCAGGAUCUACAGACAUCGGGCUUAGUGGUGAAGGUUCCCAUGACUCAGGAUCAAGAUAUGGAAGCACCACCAAAGGUAAAGAUCUACAGAAGACAAGAGUGAUCAAGACAAUAGUGGAAGACAGAAUUGGGGAUCAAGUUGUUUCAACCCAUGUCCAGUCAGUCGAAGAAAAGCCAAUUAAAUGA